AUGAAGGAGAUGUGGACCGACUGCAGUGUUGCUCAGGAUGGAUCGUCCCAGGCCAGUAAGAUUGCAGGCCGCAGAAAGAGAACCAGUUUCACCAAAGAGCAUCUGGAGCUCCUGAAAAUGGCGUUCAGCGUGGACCCCUACCCAGGCAUCACUGUCAGAGAGAGCCUGUCUCAGGCCACUGGCCUCCCGGAGUCCCGAAUCCAGGUAUGGUUUCAGAACAAAAGGGCCCGGACACUGAAGAACAGAACCACUCAGGUCACCUCAACUCAGCCAGAGUCUACGACCCCUCAGCCUGACCACCUCCUGUCUCCUCACGUCCAGGGCUUUUCAGAGAAGGCACAGCAGAGAAGCCCAGCGGUGGCUCCAUUUAACAUCCAACACUCUGUGUUUCUGGAGGACAUGGAGUCUGACUGUUUCUUCAGUAACAUCCACCCACAGGCCCCAGGUUUUCCUCUGUGUGACCCUGGCUACAGCAGCCCCGUUUCCAGGCCUCGCCAGGAGAGGCUCAUGGGAACCUGCUCCAGCCCUCCUGCUUCCACACCUCUCCAGACCGGACUGGCCAACUGGGGCUCUGUGGGAGAAACUGUCUCUCAUGAGAAUCUGUGGAGUCCUGCAGGAAAAGACAUCAGAAAUGGUUACACUGGCGAGGGUCAAGUCUUCCUCUACCCACCACCCCAGUGCCCCAUGGGGCAGCACUCUGAGCUCAUCACUGCCAGCAGCGCAUCUCUGUCCAACUGUCCAGGCUCUCCAGACUCUGCCUGCUGGGACAUGAGCGUAGAAUGCUCUCCCUCCUCAGUGCAGUUUUCCCCGCAUCCUGCACCUUGGGAGGGGCCUGUUCCCGAGCAUUCUCUGGCCCCAUUGCCUGACCUAUCAUCCCAGUGUUUGGAGGAUGUGCUUGGAGAGAUGGAGCCAGGGUGGUGGGCUGCCACUGGUCUCACUGACCUGCAGUAA